UUUGAUUCAAAUGAGAUGAAAAUGACAAAUAAGCUUAGUGGUAAUCAAGAUAUAGAUAUAUUUAAAGAUGAAAAAGAAGGGAAACUGAGAGAAGUUGGUAAUCAGGCUGUGUGGUCUUUAUCUUCUUGCAAACCAGGUUUUGGAGUGGACCAGUUACGUGACGAGUCAUAUGACACAUACUGGCAGUCCGACGGACCACAGCCCCACCUAGUAAACAUUCAGUUCAGACGGAAGACCACAGUCCAAGAUGUCUGCCUGUAUACUGAUUAUAAAGCCGACGAGAGUUACACUCCCAACAGGAUUUCUGUUCGUGCGGGCAACCACUUCAGUGACCUGUCUGAGAUAGAGCAGAUAGAGAUGAGUGAACCAGUGGGUUGGGUCUGCGUUCCACUGCGAGAUUCCUCGGACAAGCCCAUCCGAACGUUCAUGAUUCAGGUGGCAGUGCUAUCCAACCACCAGAACGGCAGGGACACACACAUUCGACGCAUCAAAAUACGAUCCCCAGCACAGCCAUCAGACAUUUCAGUGACCAGACUGCCCAACUUUACCAGUCGCGAGCUCCAGCAAUACGCAUUUAUCAGAUAGCAGACAUAAAAAUUAAGUGUUUGUCUCGCAUUUACAAAGUAAAAAGAUGGGAUAUAGGAAUUACUUAUCUAAUGGCGGUGGCAGCAACAAUGUCCACUUUUGUGUUGAAGUUUAACAUUAAAAAGAAGGAAAUGUUUUAUUUAACGAUGCACUCAACACAUUUUAUUUAUGGCUAUAUGGUGUCAGACAUAUGGUUACGGAUCACACAGAUACUGAGAGAGAAAACCUGUUGCCA